AUGGUCUCCACGCGCGCCUCCUCACGCGCCGAGGAGCGCCCUCUCCUUUCCGGCAAGCCCAGCAGCAGCAGCAGCAGCAGCAACCCCAAGCGAGGCUCGUGGUCCCACGCGCCCUCGCGCCUCACGCUCCUCUGGCUCGCCAUCUCCAUCCCCCUCGUCCUCUGGGACACCGUAUACGUCCUCGGUAGACCCCACACCAUGGCCGGCGGGUUCCUCCACUGGCCCCUCUACGUCCCCUAUGCCCUCUACGCCGAGAUCGACUACGUGUACGGCUGGAAGGCGGUGCACGAUCAUCUCGGUUUCACCAGCGCCCAGGGCCUCCUCAACGCCGUCGAGAUCGUCAUGUACCUGGUAUACCUGUGGAUGUGCUACGAGCGCGGAUCAUGGACGCUCGACGGCCGGAGGGGCGGCAAGGCCGCUCUGGUGGGCCUCAGCGCGGCCGUCAUGACCCUGAGCAAGACGGUCCUGUACUGGGCGAAUGAGUAUUACAGCGGCUUCGCUGGCAUUGGGCACAAUGCGCCCCUCGACCUACUCUUCCUCUGGAUCAUCCCCAAUGGCGCCUGGCUGGUGGGCUCAGGGUACAUGAUCUUUGACUUUGGUGGAAACAUCCUCGACGGGUUGGCAAUGGCGUCUGAGCACAGAAAGAGCGCAUAA